AUGUUGAAGAAAUUAGAUUUUUUUGGAAGUUAAAUUUAGUUAAGAUUUAAUAAAGAGCCAACAUAUAAAUCUUAAAUAGGAUCUAUAAUUACCAUUCUAAUUAUUUUAUUCAUAAGUUUUCGUUUUAUUACUAUCCUUUUAUCAGUAAUUAGUAGAAAGAACCCUUUCAUUAUUUAUACCUAGAGGUAAGUUGAUGACCCAUCUCUUUUUGUAGUAACAAGCAAAUCAUUUCCUAUGGCCUUUGCGCUUGAGAAUUUGGAUAGUUAGUAUUUUAUUGAUGAACAAAUAUAUACUGUCUCAGCAUAAUUACAGUAAAGAAUUUAAAUUUUUAAUAAUACUUCUUAACAAUAUGAUAUUGUUUGGAAUGUUUUCGAUAUCUAAGUUUAACCAUGUACAAAAGAUAACUUCUAAAAUCCAGAUAAUGACAAAUAUUAUUUAAAUCUUGAUUAUUAAAAUAUGUAUUGCUUUUCUCCAGACUCUUAGCUAGAUAUUUAAGGUGAUUUUCCAUCUCUAAUAUUCUCAUUCAUAACAUUUUAAGUUAAUAAAUGCUAAAUAAAUUGUAAAUCUGAGGAUGUAAUAAACUAAUAUUUAAAAAAAAAUUAUUUUGGCCUUUAGCUUUCAGAUGCUUAUGUGGAUAUUACUAACAAAGAUAAUCCUUUUUAAAUGUAUUCAAGAGACAUGUUUUGGCCUAUUAGCACAUAGCAAUAGAAAGAUAUUACAGUUUAUAUUAGAAAUAAUUAUGUCUACAGUGAUUUUGGUUGGUUAUUUUCUGAUAUAAUAACUUAAAAGUUCCCUUCUUACAGUUAUUAAGAUAUUGAUGUAUUUCCUAUACAGUAAUCUGAUGAUUAUUUACUUAGUGUAACAUUUAGAUUUGAAAAAUAAUAGGAAAAUGUUUAUAGAAGGUCCUAUUUAGAUUUUAUUGGAAUUAUAUCACAAAUUGGUGGCUUUGCAUAGAGCCUUUUAGCUAUAGGUUAUUUAAUCUGCCGUAAAAUUUCUUAAUUACAAUUAAAUUAAAGUAUUAUCAACUAGAUAUUCAAUUAUGAGGAAUCAGAGACACAAAAUAAUCUAUAACAAUAAUUUUAAGAAUUAGAUUCUGAAAAAUAAUAGGAUCAAAAAUAAUAAAUCUAGUAACCUCCAAAUGAAUAUUAAAUAUAAGAGUUAAAUUAAAAUAAUAAAAAUAGUUUUAUUUAAGAGAUAUAUUAAAAAAAUAAAUUUAACUACUAAAAUAAUAGUAAUAUUUCUAUUGGUUCACAUUCAUUUAAGUAAGAAUAAUUAAAAGCAUAAAGUAAAAAAUAAUAAUCAAAUGAAAAAUAGGAUUCAUAAGCUCCUAGUUUUAUGAAACAAAAGCAAUUAAUUAUUAAAAAAAGAAGCUCUAAAUUAGAAAGUAGCAAAAAACAACAUAAUUAAUCAGGCUAAAAUAUAGGAGGUAAGUAAAUUUUAAAUAAGUAUUUAUAGGAUGAAAUUUAUGAUUAAAGUAUAUCUCAAAGCACAUAAUUUAAAAAUAACUCGAAUUUACCAAGCAAAUAAAUUAACAGCCCAUAGAAAGUUUAGAAAAAAGUUGAAAAAGAAUUUUCAAAACUUUUUAAUUAAUAAACAAAUUGCAUGAAAAUGAGCCUUUGGUAGUAUUUUUUAUCUUAUUUUUGUCCUUUUGGCAAGCUCAAAUAAAAGAAAAAAAUAAUUUAAUAUAGCAUCGAUAAGCUUUAUCAAAAUUUGGAUAUUUUACAAAUUUUAAAAAGACUUCUAGAAGUUGAAAAGUUAAAGAGACUGCUUUUAGAUCCAGAUUAAAUAAAGCUGUUAGACUAUUUACCUAAACCAACAAUACAUUUGGAUCUAGUUUUAAACAAAUAAUCUACAGAAAAUAUUUACAAAAAUAAAGAAGUUAAUUUACUCUAUUAAGAUAAUAGAUCUGAAAUGUAAAAGGCUAAAGAUGCAUUUGAAGCUUAUAAAAAAAUUUAAAAUAAAAAAAAUUUUUCUUUACUAGACUAAAAACUAAUUGAUAUGCUGGACUAAAAUUUAGUCCAAAUUUUUGAAGCUCAAAACGAAAAUUCUAUCUCUUAAAAUUAGCAUAAUAAAUCUAAUUAGUAAUCGCAAUAGCAGUCAUUUAGUUUUACACCCCUCUUCAAUUUUUAAAAUGAAAAAUUUAAAAACUUAGAUAACGUAUCAUCUGAAGCAAUUUAACAUUAAGAUGCUAAUAAUUGUUUUAUGAACUAGUAUGAUGAUUCUAAAUAAUUAGAAAAUCAAAAUUUAUAGUUUUCUUAUUAAUAAUCUAUCAAUAAUAACAGGAAUAGCGUAAUAAAAAAUGAUAUAUUUACUUUGCAUUAGAACUAUACCAGUAAUAGCGAACAAGAAGUUGAAGUAGCAUAAGAAAAUUUUUACAAUAAUUUAUAAAAUCAAUUGGAAAAUUAUGAAAUAACUUAAAAAUGA